GUGUUCUUUGUUCUUAUAGAGUUCUUUAUCGAUUUCCCAGUACUUUUUUAUAUUGUUUUUGCUCUUUUCAUUUUUGCAGCUAUUUAGAGAAGCUAUUUUUUGUGUUGUGUCUUUCUGGGGAUGUCUUUCUGAUGUUAGGAUGUUUUUCUGGGUCUGAAGGUUUUUUUUCUUAAUUCAUGACCAAAAGCUUUAUAGAAGCUUUUUAUUUCACCUAUUACUAUACAUGCUGUUUCGUUUUAUAUGUAUCCAUCUUUGAUUUCUAAUUUUUCAAAUUUCUUCAUUUGUCUAGAGUAUUUUUUUCUCAAAAAUGUUAACAACAACAAAGUUUAUUCUGAUCUCUUCAAUUUAUUAUUUUUGGCAAUAUCUCAUGGCCUUGGACGUGAUGAGGGUGUCAAAAACGACUCUGCCAAACCUAAGGAUAAAGACAAAAAAUAUGGAACGAUUAUUGGAAUUGAUUUGGGAACAACUUAUUCUUGUGUUGGUGUUUAUAAAAAUGGACGUGCCGAAAUUAUUGCUAAUGAUCAAGGUAUAAUAAAAUAAAUAGAAUAGGACCCCGCUGGUUCACCAACAUAUGUCAAAGGGCUGGGAAUAGUCAAGACUGGCACAGAGAGUAAAAGGGGCCGCUUAGGAAUGUCAAGCAAGGAGGAUGGUACUUUUUUCC